ACCUUGCUAGGGGAAUCCGCGCAUCCAACGACGACCGCUAUUCGGCAUCGGGAAAAAUUUUCACCCAUCAGUUUAUCCAGAGAGCUUGUACUGUAAAGUGUGGUGCAUUCGGUCUUAGUGAGUGAUAUUGCAAAAUCCAAAAUGCCAUUCAAGAGUAUUAAGGCCCGUCAGAUCUUCGACUCUCGCGGUAACCCAACCGUCGAGGUCGAUCUGCUCACCGAUCUGGGACUGUUCCGUGCCGCCGUCCCAUCCGGUGCCUCGACCGGUGUCCAUGAGGCCCUGGAAAUGCGCGACAACGUCAAGGGCGAUUGGCACGGCAAGGGCGUCCUGAAGGCCGUCGAGAACAUCAACAAGACCAUCGCUCCAGCUGUGCUGAGCUCGAAUCUGUGCGUUACCCAGCAGAAGGAGCUCGAUGAGCUGAUGCUGAAGUUGGACGGCACCGAGAACAAGUCGAAGCUGGGUGCCAACGCCAUCCUCGGUGUCUCGCUGGCCAUCUGCAAGGCCGGUGCCGCCAAGAAGGGAAUUCCAUUGUACAAGCACAUUGCUGAGCUGUCCGGAAACGGCAACAUCAUCCUGCCAGUGCCAGCUUUCAACGUCAUCAACGGUGGUAGCCAUGCCGGUAACAAACUGGCCAUGCAGGAGUUCAUGAUCCUGCCAACGGGUGCUACGUCCUUCACUGAGGCCAUGAAGAUCGGCUCUGAGGUGUACCAUCACCUGAAGAACGUCAUCAAGGCCAAGUUCGGUUUGGAUGCUACCGCCGUCGGUGAUGAGGGUGGUUUCGCUCCCAACAUCCUGGAAAACAAGGAAGCCCUGAAUCUGAUUCAGGAUGCUAUUGCCAAGGCUGGCUACACCGGCAAGGUCGAGAUCGGCAUGGACGUUGCCGCUUCCGAGUUCCACAAGGAUGGCAAGUACGAUCUGGACUUCAAGAACCCCAAGUCGGACCAGAGCGCCUGGUUGACUCCAGAUGCGCUGGAAGAUAUGUACCAGGGCUUCAUUAAGGACUUCCCCAUUGUCAGUAUUGAGGAUCCCUUCGAUCAGGAUCACUGGGAUGCCUGGGCAAAGAUGACUGCCAACACUAGCAUUCAAAUCGUCGGUGACGAUUUGACUGUGACCAACCCGAAGCGCAUUGCCACUGCUGUGGAGAAGAAGUCUUGCAACUGCCUGCUGCUGAAGGUCAACCAGAUCGGUACCGUGACCGAAUCGAUCAACGCCCACUUGCUGGCCAAGAAGAACGGAUGGGGAACCAUGGUGUCGCAUCGUUCCGGUGAAACCGAGGAUACCUUCAUUGCCGAUCUGGUCGUUGGUCUGAGCACUGGACAGAUCAAGACCGGUGCCCCGUGCCGAUCGGAACGUUUGGCUAAGUACAACCAAAUCCUCCGCAUCGAGGAGGAACUCGGCUCAGCCGCCAAGUUCGCUGGCAAGAAAUUCCGCAGCCCGCAGUAAAUGUCCAAAUAUUGUGUCGAUUAAACUUAGCACAUACCAUUUGAGCGCGUAGUUCGUAGUCUGUCACUCUCUAACCCUCAUAAAGAAAUGUAAAACGUAAACCGUGGAUAAUACAAGUUGAAAGUAAAAACUCUAAAUGUCAUAAUCACCCAGUGUGUGUGUAUAUGCUCCGCACAGUUUCUCAGGAGCUUUUGCAAUUGGCUUUCACGUUAUAGAAUAAAAAAAAACAAGCAGGUUUUUUUUAGGGGAUUCAGAAAUCCCAACACAAUCUGAGUACCUCCAUAUUUAAGUCAGGAACCAUGUAGGAGGAUUUUAUCAAAAUUUACUAUGAUUGUUACUGUUAAAUUAACGGAAUGAUACUGAGUAAGAAGUAAGAAUGAAAUACAUGAUUAAUUGAUAAAUACACAACAGACAAGAAAA